UGCAGUAUAUAAUGAUAAACACGACACAAAGCCCAACGCAGUCACUCAUUCCCCAUAUCAGUCUCACUGACACUCGCUUGCCGGCCAGUCGCACUCUCUUGCAGCAGUCGCAGCAGCAACCGGGCCUUUGCCUCUUCCUUGUUUCUUGAUGGGCAUCAUCUCUAGCCUUUUGAGGAAAAAUGUCGACCCUAAUGGGCAGAGUGUCGGACAGAACCAGAUUGAUAUCGAACUAUCUUCUCCGGCGGUUAAUUCAACGACGACGGCUGAAGCUGAACCCAAUAACUCUGAGUCUUCCAGAAACGGGCGAUCUGAGAUCACAAAUGAGGAAACUAACAUAUGCAGGAUUUUCAAAGUUCAGGAUCUAAUUAGCGACGAGAACAUUGUCCAAUCCUUCAAGCCGAAAAUUCUAUCCAUCGGUCCUUAUCACCACGGAUCUUCUUCUUCACAUUUAGAAGUCACGGAGUCGGUGAAGUUGCGUUGUCAACGUAACAUCCUCGGUUCGAUUAGCGAGGACAGCUACGACGGAUGCAGAAUCACGACACGAGCAAAAGACUUUUACAGCGAGAAGUACAUCACAAUGGGAGAAGAGAAUUUUGCGAGGAUGCUCUUGCGCGACGGAUGCUUCAUUCUUGCUGCUCUCGGACUGAUGCGAGGUGAUCUUACCCAGCUCGAAUUCGAAGCGUUGCCUUGGCAUGAUGUAGUGCAUGACCUACUUCUGGUAGAGAAUCAAAUUCCUUUUCUCGUCCUCGAGGAAAUACGUAUGCUAGCUGCACCUAUACCAGGAGAAACAACAGAAUCACUUAAAGAAAAGAUUGCGGCAUCUGUGAAAGUCGAGCUACAACACUACACAAAUGCGAUCGAUAUCCGUGAGAUCCAUUCGAAAGAUUUUCACCAUCUGCUGCACUUGUGCCAUAUGUUCUUUCGACCUAGUCAAAUUGCAGUGGAGCACCAUCGCGCUCGAGCAGUGACGAACCUGCAGUGGCACCGAGCAGUGCAGUACCAUGAAGCGGGAGUCGAAUUCAGAGCGAAGGACCCUUCGACUCCCCAUUCUCUUUUGGACGUAACAUUCAGCAACGGAGUAAUGGAAAUUCCACGACUGUCUAUCGACGGGCAGACAGAAUCUCUCUUCAAAAACCUUAUCAUGUUUGAGCUGGGAUGCCCUCAGGUAGGGAAAUAUAUGAAUGCGUACAUCAUAUUCAUGUCGCAGCUGCUCAGCAAACCCGAUGAUGUUGAAUUACUUGCUCAGAGAGGAAUCAUUGAGAUACUCGGUCGUGCGGACGAGGUUUUACGUAUCUUCGGCAGGCUUAACGAAUUGGCUAUUUUGCCCUGUUGGGACGACUAUUAUUUAAAAUCUACGCUUCGGUCGGUGGGAGCGCACUACAAUCGCCGUUCGAACUGGUGGUUCGCGUGGUUGAAGCACAAGCACUGCAAAAAUCCAUUCUUGGCCUUAGCAGCAUUAGGAGCUUUUAUAGUUCUUCUGUGUACUGUAAUUCAAGCAUUGUUUUCUGUUUUGCAAUAUUUCACACCGACAAAGUAAUCAUCUUCGUGGAUA